AAAAGAGAACGAUGGACGCCAUCGAAGCCGUGUUGUGGAGCUUCUGGCAUCCAAUGGACACUUCCAGUUUAUGAAAGCACUCUACGAUUUAGACCAGAAAUCACCGGAACCUUUUUGGGACUCGAUUUAUUACGAACCAAAUAACAGACCAAGUAAAAAUAUCAAAUUUUGGUUGAAGCAUUUUGCUGCGAAAUUUGGCAUUAAUUCUUUGAUGCUGUAUCAGCGUCCAGCAUUCUACGGGAUGACACCAUGUUUGCCGAGACAACCAGUACCGGAAUUUUGCCAGGAGACUCCAUUAAUUCGGGCAAUACAGUGCAGCCAGAUUGCUCUCGUCAAGUUUCUUUUGCAAGAGGCAGAUUUGCAGACGGACGUCAAUAAGCCAGAUGAAUUUGGCAUUACUCCGCUGAUGCAUGCAUGCAUGAUCAAUUCGGAUAAAAUUGUCCAGCUGUUGUUCGAUCCCGUUGCGUUCCAGUCCCAAAAUGAUGGUGCAGAGCAAAGUGAUACUGCAAAUCCUGAUUCACAACAUAACGCUGGUAUUGGCAAUCUGUUUUCUGGAUUUGGGAGCUACGGUGAUAUCGCCAGUCAAUCUGUCGGUGAUGGUACGCAAGCAGAUUUCGCAGGCAGUAGUGAUCCUCUGCAUCAGGAGAACAAGCAAAAAGCUGUAACGCGAAAAUUUGUACUGAAGACGAAUUUGGAUCCAUGCAGACAGUCUGUCAUAUCUGAACGUUUAGCGUUCGGUGGUGGAAAAGUGAAAAGUUUCAUGCAUUUC